UUGAACAUUUUAUGUAUUCAAGUUUCCUAGACGAGAACUAGACAGGGUUGAGCGACUCAAUGGGGUGUAAAUUAAAAUCGGCAAAAAUUAACGUUGGAAAAUCUCUCAUAUAUAUUUAUAGUCUAGAAAAUCUGUGUACUAGGAGCUAGGAGAAAGUUAUAGACUUUUUGAUUUUUUGUCGACUGUAAAGAUAUCCUAGCACAACCUCUAUACGUUUGCUAUCUAAAACCUCAUUUAUCGAUGGAAGAAGCUGCAAGCUCGAGAAAGAUAGGUAGCAGUUUGAAAGUACCUAGAGUUCAAGAGCUGGCAAAGCAACAACUAGCCGUUCCGCCACGAUAUAUUCGUGAUGAUAUCGAAACGCCUGUUUUGACAUCCAAUUCCUCUUCCAUAUUGCCUCAAGUUCCAGUCAUUGACAUGGAAAAACUGCUCGCAAUUGGAAAUGAUGGUUCAGAGCUUCAGAGGCUUCAUUUUGCUUGCAAAGAAUGGGGAUUUUUCCAGUUGGUGAAUCAUAGAGUGAGUUCAUCAUUGGUGGAGAAUGUGAAGUCAGAAAUCCGAGCAUUUUUCGAUCUACCAUUGGAAGAGAAGAAGAAGUUUGAGCAAGAAGAAGGGGAUGUUGAAGGAUAUGGGCAAGCCUUUGUUUUUUCUGAAGAGCAAAAAUUAGACUGGGCUGACUUGUUUUACAUGACCACUCUCCCGACCCAUUUGAGAAAACCUCACUUAUUCCCCAAGCUCCCUAUCUCACUUAGGGACAUAAUGGAAGCACAGUGCCAAGAAUUCAAGAGCCUAGCAAUAAGCAUCUUAUGUCAAUUGGCAAAGGCUUUAAAGAUGGAUGAAAAUGAAAUGAAAGAUCUAUUUACUGAUGGUAUGCAGUUAAUAAGGAUGAAUUGUUAUCCUCCUUGCCCUGAGCCAGACAAAACCAUUGGCUUAAGUCCUCAUUCUGAUGCUGAUGCCCUCACCAUCCUUCUCCAGCUUAAUGAAACUGAAGGUCUCCAAGUUCGAAAAGAUGGUAUUUGGGUUCCUGUAAAACCCCUCCCAAAUGCUUUGAUUGUCAAUGUGGGCGAUAUGAUGGAGAUAGUGAGCAAUGGUGUUUAUAGGAGCAUUGAGCACAGAGCAGUUGUAAACUCAAACAAAGAGAGGCUAUCUCUUGCAACAUUCUAUAUCUUUAACCUUGACUCUGAAUUAGGUCCUGCACACACCCUCAUUGGACCACAUAAUCCUGCAAAAUUCCAAAAUGUUCGUGUUGAAAAAUAUUUGCAGGAUUUUUUUGCACGAAAACUUGAUGGAAAAUCGUUCAUUGAUCGCUUUAAGGUAGAGACUAAGGAUGACGAAUCCUAGGUCGCAUUUGAUACUCAACUUGUUUGGAUGGUUGUUACCCAUCAUAUCUUAUUGUAUUGUAUUGUAUUGUGUUGUGUUGUGUUGUA